UGUUCGUACGUCCGUUCGUGCUGGCGCCCGUCUGCGUUGGCUCGUGUUGACACUGCGUCUAUCGUGAAGAGAUCCUCGACCGUCGUAUCCCUACAUUCCUACCAUGGACGGGCCACAACCGCCUGAGGUGGAGCCUGCCGCUGUCAUGGAACUGUCGCAACAACCGCAGCAGAGUCCUGAGCAGGUCGUUGCGCCCUCUGACCCUGAGCAGGCGGGCUCCGAAGUGCUCGUCGGCUCUCCUGCGUACAGCAACGGGCAGAGCGGUCAUCUCUCCUCGCACUCUGCACCGGACUACGUUCCCUCUCCUCCUUCUCAACACUACGCUCACGACACAGACCAAUCCUCGCGGUGGAAUUCCUCUCCCACAAUGACCUAUCAACAGCCGCCGCAGCCCAUCUCGCGGCCGGGUUCGGGGCUGUCCAGUGGUGGGGAUCGAUACGGAUACUCUCAGCCGUUCCAGGAACAACAGCAACGGCCGCAGUCGUCGUCGCAGCAGCCGGCCAAGAACAGCGUGGUGAUCAAGGUUGGAAUGGUGGGAGAUGCGCAGAUAGGCAAGACUAGUCUGAUGGUCAAGUACGUGGAAGGCAGUUGGGACGAGGACUACAUUCAGACAUUGGGCGUCAAUUUCAUGGAGAAGACCAUUUCUAUUCGAAAUACCGAAAUCACAUUUUCCAUCUGGGACCUGGGCGGCCAACGAGAAUUCGUCAACAUGCUUCCGCUGGUCUGCAAUGAUGCAGUUGCUAUUCUCUUCAUGUUUGACCUGACCCGGAAGAGCACGCUCAACUCCAUCAAGGAAUGGUAUCGUCAGGGUCGCGGCUUCAACAAGACCGCCAUUCCAUUCCUGGUGGGCACAAAGUACGACCAUUUCGCAAACUUACCCCGGGCAGAUCAAGAAGAGAUCACUCUGCAGGCCAAACGGUUCGCGAAGGCCAUGCGAGCAAGCCUGAUCUUCAGCAGCACCAGCCAUAGCAUCAACGUCCAGAAGAUCUUCAAGAUCGUCCUGAGCAAAGCGUUUGAUCUAAAGUGUACCAUUCCGGAGGUUGAAAAUGUCGGUGAGCCGCUGCUGCUCUACCGCGACGUGUGACGACAUACUAGCGACGAGAAUGCGCCAUUGGCCGAUUGGAGGCCAUUGGUGCCGAUGGGACAUGUACAACUGGAUGAAGUGAUGGUUUCUGAUGAUGCUUGAUGCUGUUGGGACGAACCGACGGGUGCUUCAUUGCCCCGA